AUGCCAUACCAGAACAACGGUUCCUACCUCAACCCGUACGACUGUCACAGCCCAUAUCAACCCGGACAGAGUCUACCCCAGUACGACGAGAAGAAAAUGAUGGACAUCAAUUGUCUGCAGAGAUUCAGUGGUAUCUACUGCAACAACCUUCCCAUCGGAUCGUGCUCAAACACACAGCUACCUAAUAGGUUACAUUGUCAAUACCACUCAUGCAUGGCGAUCUUGACCGACGGAACACCUUGCCCUAAUCCGAGCGCCCCGGGAACAUCUUAUUGUGCUACAGGCUAUCACGAAGAGAACGGCCGACUUCCCAUCCUGCACUCUCCCCGGUCCAGCUUCUCUUGCUCCCAGAGCACUUCGACAUCCUCUUCCGACGGUCACUCCUCCAGUAUGACCCGCUCGUACGAGACCCUCUGGUCCAACGGAUCUCAUACCGGAAGCGAUCAUGCCGGAUCGACCGAAGGCUAUCCUUCAACACCUCAACACCACGCCUACCACACGGAGUCCGAGCAACAACAGCCCCAACACUUCCAAAGCCAUACGGCGCAACUGUUCCCUCGGUUCGGCAUCCAGUGGAACACCCAUUACUCUCAUUCCCAACCCGCCUCGCAAUACUACUCUUCGCAUGAGCAACAGGGUGCGGCGUACUACGCGACGACCGAGGGAACCGAUUCCGAGUGGGGCACCAUCGAUAAACGAUCCAUGUAGGCG